GCUUCGGGAACCUUCGCUGUGUCUGGCGGCUGCGUGGGGCGGCGACCACCUCAGUGCGAUGGCAGAUCACAGCCUGUGGACUCAAAUGACUGAACCUCCGGGCCGUGAUCACCCCUCACCGCCAAGCGGCCCCUCGCGUAACUCUCCACCAUCAGACGCCCCGCCCCAAUCUGCGCAUGCGCAGUCGCAUAGCAACGCCCCGCGCACACCCACCCGGGACCGCGGCUGCGCAUGCCCUUUAGGAACCGCCGCGCCUAUUGUGACGCUAUGGGCAGCGGAAGUGAGCGCCAGGCUCAGGGAGAGCGACCGUCUCAGAGCCGGCGGGGUUGUCCCGACAGCGGAGAACGCGUUCUCCAGCCCAGGAAGGGAAGACCUGUGAAGAAAGACACCGCGCUCUAGGAGGGACAAGCCCACAGGUCCUGGCUUGAGGACCAAGCUCUACCAGGUGGCCUGAGGAGGAGGUCUGAGGACCUGGAUGUCGUCAUUUGUGAGGACACCAGCAGAGUCUACGAGUUCUCCCCAGAAAUUUAGAGCAGCUCGAGAAGAGACCAGAGACACAGCGUCCAUCUUCCUGGCCAUUCCCCGAUCACAGGAGAAAAUGAUUAAGGACCAGGAACCACUGACGCUGGAGGAUGUGGCCGUGGACUUCACCUCGGAGGAGUGGCAGCUCCUGGGCCCCCAGCAGAAGAUCCUGUACAGGGACGUGAUGCUGGAGACCUACCGCCACCUGGUGUCCAUGGGGUAUGAAGUCAGCAAACCAGAUGCUCUCUCCAAGUUGGAACAAGGGGAAGAACCAUGGGCCAUAGAGGAACUCCACAGACUGGUCUGUCCAGAUACUGGCAAAAUUGAUAAUUAUCUUCAGGGUCACUGGGACAAUCAAAGAAUGUUGGAAGAUAUGGAACAAAAGCACAAACAAGAUACAUUUGGAAAUAUUGUUCCUCAAAGCGAAAGGCAUCUUCCUUUCAGGCAAAAUCAUGAUGUGUUUGACUUCUACAUGAAAACUCUGAAAUCAAAUUUAAGUUUAGUCAAACAGAGUAAAAGCUAUGAAACUAAGAACUCUGCUAAGUUGAAUGGAGAUGGAAAGUCAUUUUGGCAUGGCAAACAUGAUUUUCCUCCUGCAGUUAAAUUCCCUGUCAGUGCAAAACCCAUUAGCAAUAAGUCCCAGGUCAUUGAGCAUCAGGGGACUCAGGAGGCAGAGAAAGCCCACGUGUGCAGUGAAUGUGGAAAAAGCUUUGCUAGGAAAUCUCAGCUCACUGAUCACGAGAGAGUUCACACAGGAGAGAAACCUUAUAGGUGUAGUUUGUGUGCAAGAGUAUUCUCCAGAAAGUCCAGGUUCAAUGAACAUCAGAAAAUUCAUGAAAGAGAGAAAUCCUUUAUAUGCAGUGACUGUGGCAAAGUCUUCACCCUGAAGUGCCGUCUGGUUGAACACCAGCGAACUCACAGUGGAGAGAAACCCUAUGUGUGCAACGAAUGUGGAAAAGGCUUCCCAGGGAAGCGUAAUCUCAUUGUACAUCAACAGAAUCACACUGGAGAGAAAGGCUACAUCUGUGGUGAAUGUGGGAAAGGCUUCACUGGGAAAAGCAAGCUCAUCAUACACGAGCGAACUCAUACUGGAGAGAAACCCUACACCUGCAGUGACUGUGGGAAAGCUUUCACCACGAAGCACUAUGUCUUCAUACAUCAACGAAACCAUACGGGAGAGAAACCAUACGUGUGCAAUGAGUGUGGGAAAGGAUUCACCAUGAAGAACCGUCUGAUCGAACACCAGCGAACUCACACUGGAGAGAAGCCCUAUGUGUGCAGUGAAUGUGGAAAAGGCUUUACCAGGAAGAGUAACCUCAUUGUGCAUCAGAGAAAUCACACAGUAGAGAAAUCCUACGUAUGUGACGAAUGUGGAAAAGGCUUCACUGUGAAGAGCAUGCUUAUCAUACAUCAGCGAACGCACACUGGAGAGAAACCCUACACCUGCAGUGAGUGUGGGAAAGGCUUCCCCUUGAAGAGUCGGCUGGUGGUACAUCAGCGGACGCACUCUGGAGAGAAACCGUACAGGUGCGGUGAAUGUGGGAAAGGGUUCAUCGUGAACAGUGGGUUGAUGCUACACCAGCGAACUCACACUGGAGAGAAACCCUACAUAUGCAAUAAAUGUGGAAAAGGUUUUGCCUUUAAGAGCAACCUUACGGUACAUCAGCGGACUCACACUGGGGAGAAACCCUUUUCGUGCACCGAGUGUGGGAAAAGCUUCACCAUGAAACGCUAUCUCGUCAUCCAUCAGCAGAUUCAUACAGGAGGGAAACCCUAUCGGUGUGGUGAAUGUGGAAAAGGCUUUGCUGUGGAAACUGAGCUCCUUUCACAUCAGCAAAUCCAUGCUGGAGAGAAACCUUAUGUGUGCAAUGAGUGCGGGAAGGGCUUUCCUGUGAAAAGUCGUCUGAUCGUCCAUCUACGAACUCACACAGGAGAGAAACCUUUUGUGUGCAGCGAAUGUGGGAAGGGCUUCUCUUCAAAGAGAAAUGUCCUUGUACAUCAUAGAACUCAUACCGGGGAGAAGCCCUACGUCUGCGGCGACUGUGGGAAAAGCUUCACGGUGAGGCGCUACCUGAUGGCACACCGGCGAACCCACAGCGGAGAGAGGCCUUACGUCUGCCACGAGUGCGGGAAGGGCUUCACGGUGAAGAGCAACCUCACGGUGCACCAGCGGACCCACACGGGGGAGAAGCCCUACGUGUGCCCCGACUGCGGGAAAGGCUUCACCAUGCGGCACUACCUGGUGGUGCACCGGCGGACCCACACCGGGGAGAAGCCCUACAUGUGCGACGCGUGCGGGAGGGACUUCGCUGUGAAGAGCAACCUCGUCGUCCACCAGAGGUCUCACACGGGGGAGAGAUCCCACGUGUGCGGCGAGUGUGGCAGGGGCUUCGCCGCGAAGCGCAAGCUCACGCUGCACCAGCGCACCCACACGGGGGACAAGCUGUACGUGUGCGAGGCGUGCGGGAAAAGCUUCACCGCCAAGUGCACCCUCGUCAUCCAUCAGCGGACUCACACCGGGGAGAAGCCCUACGCGUGCGAGGCCUGCGGGAAGGCCUUCAGCCAGAGGGUCAGCCUCAGGCAGCACGAGCGAUGUCACACCGGGAAGACGCCCUUUGUCUGCGGGGAGUGCGGGAAGCAGUAUUCGCACAGAUACGGCCUCAUGACCCACCAGCGGAGCCACACGGGGGAGAAGCCCUACCAGUGCAGGGCGUGUGGGAAAGCCUUCGCCACCAAGUCGGUCCUCAACGUCCACCAGCGGACGCACUCGGGGGAGAGGCCCUACGGGUGCGGCACGUGUGAGAAAGCCUUCUCCCAGUUGUCGCACCUUGUUAAGCAUCAGAAAACGCACGCAAGACAAAUGGUAGAUUCAUUCAAGUCGGGAAUUCCUUUAACGAGAGUCACAGGGGAGUCACCUGUGAGUGAAGUCGUGCAGAACAACACACCUAUUAAUGCCAUUUCUGUGGAAUGCCUUCUCGGCCUCGUUAAACAUCGGUGUUUCUGGCAGGUCAGAAUGCAGACACGGCAAUGCCUAUUGUCAAAGGUGUGUCCUGAGGCGAUGAACUUGGUGCCCAGGAGGCUGACUUGGUGAAUUACAGUGACUGUGGCAGUGCCCUGACCAAUCCUUACCUCGCAUUUUCUGUCAGUGAAAACAUGUUGGAAAAACUUGGACAGGUCCCAUGUGAAUAUGCCUUUCCAGCUUCAUUAUAUGUCUCA